AUGAAAUCCGCUCUCCUCGCCUACGGCCUUCUGGCCUCAAGCGUCUCAGCACACAUUCAAAUGUCCAACCCCUACCCGAUCCGCAGCCCGCUCGACCCAAAUGGUGAUGAAUCCAAGAAAGACUACUCAUACACGAACCCCCUCGACCCCAGCGGCAGUGACUUCCCCUGCAAAGGCUAUGCCAAUGACCCCUUCCGGUCCGUCGCGACCUACAGCCCCGGCGGCACCUACGAGAUGGACCUCCAAGGCAGCGCGACCCACGACGGCGGGUCAUGCCAAAUCUCGCUGUCGUACGACACAGGAAAAUCCUUCCAGGUGAUUCACUCCAUGCUGGGCGGUUGUCCGCUCACGGAAUCGUACAAGUUCACGAUCCCGUCAGAUGCACCGACAGGCGAUGCGCUGCUCACUUGGACGUGGUUCAAUAAGGUCGGGAACCGGGAGAUGUAUAUGAACUGUGCGCAGGUCACUAUUGGGGACGGUGGUAGUAAGAAGAGGGACGUGGAGGAGAUCCGGAAGCGAGAUGCAUUUAGUUCGCUGCCGCCGAUCUUCAUCGCGAAUGUUAAUGGGCCCGGCCAGUGCACGACUAUCGAGAACUAUGAUGUGAACUUCCCCCGGCCAGGACCUUCGGUUGAGGGCAGUAUCAAUGGCACCAACACCGGGUUUACUUGCACUGGUGAUGCGCCCUUCCUGGAUGCCGGUAACAGUGGCUCAAGUGGUAGCUCCGGCUCUAGCUCUAGCUCUGUCAAAGAUGCCCCUGUGUCUACCCCCAAGCCGACCGCGUCCAGGCCGACUGUGUCUACCUCCCACGUUGCUGCUCAGGUUGUUGGCAGUACACCCGCAGCAUCCUCGUCCGCUAAGGUGGUUGCCUCGUCGUUUGGAACCGAGGCUGCGCGCGUUGCGACAGUCCCGACGGCGGUUGCCCACUCUGAGAACGAUGCUAGUGUUGCUGGUGCCGAUGAUGAUGAGAGUGCCCGGUACGUCCCUGGCAAGCCUUGCGUCGAUGGGGCUAUCAUCUGCGGCCCUGAGGGUACUAGCUGGUCGAUGUGCAGCAAUGGACGUCCCAUCCAUAUGGGAUCUGUUGCGGCGGGAAUGUACUGCUCUCAUGGAGCGAUGCAUCGGUUGUAA